CUAUUAAUAUUGCAAAUCGUGAUGCGUGACUUUUUUUGAGUGUACGAUUUUUCAUAACGUCUCUACCUGCAAUGUUUGAUAUGAAAUUGAUAACAACUGUCCAAAAUAUGAUAAAUGAGCUGCUAUCGCGAAGUUCAUAUCAAAAUGAUACAAUUGUGUUAAUCAAUAUGUUUGGAUAUAAUAUAUAUAUAUAUAAGUUUAAAAGAUGACAAACGUGUUUAUAUGAUAUAUAUUUAUGUAUUCGUGUUUGGUUCUGAGUAAGCGAACAGCCAGAAAAAAUGCCCCGGGAACGAACGGCAAACAAUCCUCUGACUCCGGAGAGGCAAUGUUCGAGUCAUGAAAACGACGAAGAAACGUGUGAAACCUCCCAAUACGGCUGUUGCAUCUUAUGUUAUAUACUUAUGUUCUUACUGUGCAUCGUGGAAAUGAGGACACGAACCCGCAUUGUCCUAACAUGGUUAUAUGUUCUGGUCGCAGCCAUUGUCGUGGGUACCUUGGUGAGGCACAGCCACGAUAAAACCUCCUACCAAAUGUCGUACCUUGACAUGAGACCACUGGACGAUAUUUCUACAACGUACUGCCGAGGUGUAUCACUGAUAACCGACUCCAUGCUUGACGUGUAUCGUUUUGAGAACAAACCUAAGCUCAGUGACGUUGCUGCACAGCCUGACCUUCAGGACUUUCGUGUUGACCUACAUGCAGCUAAAUAUACAUACUGGUUAUUUUAUUUUCUCAAGGGGUCUCGGUUGAUUGUUAGUGUCUGCGGCCGACAAGGAAGUACUUUCCUCUAUUUUGAAAAUAAAGCUAAUUUUAGCACCAGAUGGACACCUGAUAGGCUAUGCCGAGGUUAUAACUGCUAUGUGAAGGAAUCUUAUUAUCACUGCAAUGGAAACAGUAGAUUGGAGUUCACAUUUACUGCACCUGACGACGAUGAAUACUAUUUGGUUAUUUUAAAUGAUGCAGUAUACUCAAGAUACCACAUUCGCUUUUACAUUACUCGAAAUGUUUACAAUAUCACAGAAGCCACCCAGGUAUGUCUUGCUGAAAAUGCGUGUUCUAUUGAUCUUCACCUUAAGCGUUCAGAAACGCUCGUUGCUGUAGAUAGAGAAGAAGAUUCAUUCGGCGAUACUCUAACAACUACAUGUCAUCCAAGAUAUUCAAUGUAUAUUCUUAUAUUUGGAUUCUUUCCUUUUCUCUGUGGUAUUCUGUGUACAUAUAUUGUUAUAAAGUGUCGUAGAAAGAGACGGACAUCCGAACUCCGCAAUGGUGAGGUUUUUACCGUGAUGGGUUCUGGCGAUCUUCAGGGAAUUUCCAAUGAUGGUUAUGAUAUUCAAAUGAGACCUCCAAACUAUGAAGACGUUGUUCCACCGAGCUAUGAAGAUGUUUUGGAAGAAAAACGGCGACAAGAACAAACUGGAAGUGCUAGUAUGUUACAAGGUGUGUUUGAUUUCCAACACCACCACCACCCCCAACAACAACAACAAUCAUAACCGAAGCAUUCGGUAUAACAGCAACCAUGGAAGAUACAGAGUAUAUUAGUGUGUUUUAUUUGUAUUUUGGAAGGCUCAAAGCUGCAAGUCAGAUUGUGAUUUUUAAUUGUUCACAGUUUAUCUGUGGUUUCUGUUUGUGACGUUUUUUUUGUGUGCACUCUUUGUUGAUAAAUGUUAGGAAAAGUGAUAUAAAAUGUAUGUGUUUAAACCUCUAGUGAAAUCAUAUCAUAGCAAGAGUUUCACUGAGCGUCCCUGGUAUCCAAAUAUUCAUCAAGAGAAAACUGUUAAGUGUGUGUUGUUCUUUUGCAUAUGUGUUUUGUUCAAUAAUGGCGUCAUUAAUUUUGGUCGUGUGCUUAUAACAUUUAAUGUUGGGACCAGUGUGCAGUUGAGUUUUUAUUCCAGUGAACACAUAUUUCAUUGGCGGUGACCCGUAUCUGGUAGGUUAUUUUGCAUAACGAAUGCGCGUUAUGUUCUUAUUGGGUAACAAAUUGCACUUGGUUAUAAAUAUUAACAUGUCUUACAGCCCGUGUCUUAAUUACACUUCUAUUAACGCACUCUCAUUCUGAUUCUGCAACACACAAAAACUGCAUAAAGCUUCCUCGCCCAACAUAAAAGGUGUUUAAACAUAGAUAAAUCGGCCGUAUAGUGCCCAUGUAAGUGUAGUUACCGUCGAAAAGAAAAAAAAAUAUGCAAAAAAUCAAUGAAAAAUAGUUAGAAUAGGUACAGAAAUGAUGCACUUUGACUAAAACACAGUUUCAAGUGAAGCAAUUUUCUAUUUUCACUUUGUAAACAGGCAAACGUUCAGCAUAUAUAUUUUUUGUUAAUGCCUCUAGAAACAUAAAGGUUAAAAAACUGAGAGAUGGUUACACGUGUGGCCUCCGGGAAGGCCUAUUUAUAUAGCAAGAAAAGUGAUAUAACUUAUUUACCAGGUGAAAAUAUCCUCCCAAAACACCAAAAUCUCUUCGAACACCGCCAUUUUAUUCCGCAUCACACAUUUCCCUCACUUUAAAUUUAAAACACAAAACACGUUGGACUCCCCUGCUGAAGGGUUCCAGUUAUCGCCAGUUAUCGCCUGCUUUUAUUGACUUUCCUUUAGUUGUAACAUUUAUUAAUAACUAAAGUCGAACCCCGUUGGCUCGAUCUCGCUUGACUCGAAUUCCUCGUUGGCUCGAUCUUGAUUUAAAGGACCGAUUUAUUUAUACUGAAUGUAAGCAAUUCCGCUUGGCUCGAAUUUAUCGAGGCUCGAAGUAUUUUCGCCGGUCCCUGGGAGUUCGAGCCAAUGAGUUUCGACUAUAUAUUUUUAUGUAUGCUAGUGAUCUGUGUCUGUUGUCUUGUGGCGUUGUGUGUCUAACGUACAGGGUGUUUGGCAUUGAACCUUGCGCCUGUAUAUAAACAAUGUCAAGGUUAAAUGUUUGACUUUUGAA